CAUAUGCUCCCACACACAGCAUAAAACAAACACUCGUUACCUCACCCUUCAAUCCAGAAAAUUGAAAACCCAAUUUCCCAAAUUCAACUACUUUUUCUUGGUCAUGUUCAUCACAAUUGGGUCCAGAUUGUAAUGGAAGUUUCAAAAAAUAAAGCAAAGUUUCUUGUACUUGUUGGAGAAUCAUUUCCUAUGAGAAGGGCUUUGUUGAAUUCUAGAUUUGCUUGGUUUCAUAGUAGUGUGAAAUGUUUGAACAAACAUGAUUCUUUGACCCUUUCAAGCGUUGGUUUUGAAAGUGAAAUUGAGCCAAAGAUUACAAGUGAAGAAAACAAGGUUAAGCCGUUAGGUUUAUCUUCUUCUGAGGGUUUCAAGGUGAAAAGAAAACCCUUUGGAAUUAGUGAGAAGAAAAGUGUUAGGAUUAAAGAGAGAAAAGAAAUAGAGAAUGCCCCUUUUGCUGCUAAGUCGUUUUCGGAACUCGGUAUUCCGGAAGUGUUGAUUGAGAGGUUAGGAAAAGAGGGUUUUAAUGUUCCGACUGAUGUUCAGUCUGCUGCGGUGCCUACCAUUUUGAAGAACCGUGAUGUGAUAAUUCAGUCGUAUACGGGUUCGGGGAAGACACUGGCUUAUCUGCUUCCUAUAUUGUCUGUUAUUGGGCCGCUGAAAGGUGAAAAUAAUGAAGGGGGAGGUGAUGGUGGUGAGUCUGGGAAGAAAUUGGGAGUAGAAGCGGUGAUUGUUGCUCCUUCGAGGGAGCUUGGAAUGCAGAUAGUUAGGGAGUUUGAGAAGAUAUUGGGAAUGGAAAACAGGAAAGUGGUUCAGCAGCUUGUGGGAGGUGCGAACCGAACCAGGCAGGAAGAAGCCCUUAAGAAAAACAAACCUGCUAUUGUUGUUGGUACGCCUGGUAGGAUAGCCGAGCUUAGUGCAAGUGGGAAACUUCGUGCUCAUGGCUGUCAAUACUUGGUAUUAGAUGAAGUUGACGAGCUCCUUUCGUUCAAUUUUCGGGAAGACAUGCACAGGUUAUUGGAGCAUGUUGGGAGGAGAUCGGGUGCAGACCAUAACUCAAAAGCUAAAAAAACCGAGCGUCAGUUAAUUAUGGUUUCUGCAACUGUGCCUUUUUCGGUUGUAAGGGCAGCUAAAAGCUGGGGUUCUGACCCACUUCUUGUUCAAGCUAAGAAAAUUGUACCGCUGGAAACUUUGUCACCUGAGCCUGUCAAAUUGUCACCGAGCUCGAGUUCUACCCCAUCUGUGCCCUCUAAGGCUGUGGUAGAGAGUCUACCUCCAGCAUUGAAACACUAUUACUGUGUAGUGAGGUUGCAGCACAAAGUUGAUACAUUGAGAAGGUGUAUUCAUGCACUGGAUGCCAAAUUCGUGAUAGUUUUCAUGAACCAUACUAAGCAGUUAAAGGAUGUUGUCUUCAAGCUGGAAGCCCGUGGAGUGAAAGCCGCAGAGUUACACGGGGAUCUUGGGAAGCUUGGUAGGUCGACAACUCUGAAGAAGUUUAAGAAUGGUGAGGUUAGAGUUCUUGUGACUAACGAAUUAUCAGCAAGAGGUUUGGAUGUGGCAGAAUGUGAUCUUGUGGUAAACCUGGACUUACCGACAGAUUCUAUUCACUAUGCACACCGAGCUGGUCGAACUGGUCGGCUUGGUAGGAAUGGUACUGUGCUGACCAUAUGUGAAGAGUCAGAGGUUUUUGUUGUGAGAAAAUUGAAGAAGCAACUUGAAAUACCGAUUGCUUGCUGUAAUUUCGUUGAGGGAAAGCUUACUAUCACUGAAGAAGAGAAUGCACUGAGAAGCACUUCUUGAAGAUGAGGUGUUGUAAUUUUGCAGCUUGUUUAGUUGUAAUUUUCUGUUUUUCAUUCUUCAUUGAGCCUUUCGUUUUUCUCUUUGAUAUUAUAAUUUCCAUUUUCAGAUACGUGCAUUGUAGUUUACAUUUUAAAUUGAUUAUAAUUAGUAUAUAUACUGAUAAAUGGAGAUGUUAUCUGGUUCACAACAACUACAGUUUAUUUAUUCAAUUUGUUUUUACUCAUUCA